ACAAAAAGCCAAACUGUUUGAUAACGGCUUAAAGUUGGAUAUUUCCAGCUAUUCGCAUAUGAACAUCCGCAUGGGGACGAAGGGCAAGCGACCUUUGCGUAGCUUGACCCCUCGCGACAAAAUCCAUGCGAUCCAGCGCAUUCACGAUGGCGAAUCGAAGGCAUCUGUGGCCCGGGAUAUUGGUGUGCCGGAGUCGACACUGCGUGGCUGGUGCAAGAACGAGGACAAGUUGCGCUUCAUGUCACGCCAAUCGGCCGCGGACAAAAUGUGCGCCGAUGCCCUCGUCGACAAGCUGGAGGGAGGAGGCGGUGGCGGCGUUGGCGGCGGGGGUUCGGCGGGUCUGCUGGGUCCGCCUGAGAAGCGGCCACGGCUGGAGCACAACAGCAGCAGCGGCCUGCCACUGAAUUUCUCGAAUAAGUUGAACUUCGAUGAGCUGGCCUUCAAGCGAUCGCCGCUGAACGGGCUCGACUAUAGUACAAAUAAGGGUCUGUCGGACAUCGGCUACAAUGGACUGCCCGUCGACUAUGUGGGAUUCAAGAGCAAGGUGUUCGGUGCGGAUAUAUCGAGAUCGGGACCAGCGGAUCCCUCACUGAAUGCGAUAAGUCCGCUGUCGAGUCUCACCCAUCUGUCCGGUCUUGGCGGCAUCUCUCAGUCCCCGCUUGCGAUCAGUUUCAAUGAGCUGACUUCGAACCUAAAUCUGCUGGCUCAGCUUAAUCCCGGCUUGGCGGCCAUGUCCGGCUUGAACAGCUUUGCGGCCACAGCCAACACUCUGCGCAAUCCACAGAAACCAACUGGUCCAAAUGGUCAGCAGCAGGAGCAGAGUCCGCGCAGCGAAAGCGGUGAUCGGGAACGGGAACGAGAUCGGGAUCGAGAACGGACUCCGGCUCUGAGCGUGAAGAACUGGGCCAAACAGAAGCCAGCCGGCAGCAACUCAACAACAGCUGGGGAUUGUGAGACGAAUCUGGGCAGCAUGAAGAGUCCGAGUCCAUCGCUAGCACCUCUCCUCGUCGGCUGUGUGGCGCCACUGUCCGGCCUGCCCGACGAUCCCCUGCUCUACUGGCUCAAAUCCCAGCAGGCAAUGCUCGGCUUAAACAGUCUAUAUCCACCACCACAGUCUGCAGCAGCUGCUGCUGCUGGAAUGGGUGUGACAAGUCCACCCAUCCGCUCCUCGACUCCCCAACAAAUGAAUCCAUAUCCCCAUACGCCACCCAUGCCCUCGGCAACGUCCCCAGCACCGGCACCAGCUGCGCCUGGCACGCUCGAUGAGAAGCACUCGGCGUGGUACAAUUGGUGCAAGGCAUUUGGCGCCAGUCUCCACUCGACACUCAAUCCGAAUGCUGCCACAUUGGCGGCACUGCAACAACAUCAGGCGGCAGCAGCUGCAACAACAACCACUGCCCCAGAGUCGACGCACAUCGAGGACAACAUCGCCAAGCAGCCUUAUGACAACAUACUCUAUUCCCAGCUCACCAAGGAGGCCGAGUCGCCCUCAGUACGCAGUGUGUCCUCCUCGAACGAGGCUCAGCCCACUGAGCUGGAGGCGGAGCCCGAGACGGAUGCGGAAGUGCAUGGCAAACCGGAGGACCUAUCAGCGAAAUCCGUGAAAUCAGCCAGCUCCAGCCCGAGUCCGAUUCUGGCCGAGUCCGUAACGCCAAAUCCCGUGACGAACAGCCGUGAGCCGAGUCCUGAGCUGAACAGCGGCGCUGAUGAACCAUGCAAAAAUGUGCUCAGUAAUAUUAUAUAUAAAAUCGGUGGAGCCGAAUUGGAUCAUGACUCGGAGGCGAGCUUCAACAGUGAGACGCAACAGCAUCAGCAUCACAACAACAAUGACGUCAGUGCCAGCAACAACAACAACAACAACUCGAAUAAGACGGAUGAGGAGGAGCGGGCCAAAUACGCGGAUAUCGAGGAAUUGGCAGCCAUACGGCAUGGUGAGAAAUUCCUGCAGUGGCUGGAGAACUGCAGCAAUCCCCGGGUGACAGCCGUGCAGCUGAUGCAACUGAGAUUCCUCAUCGCGGCUAUCAAGUCGGGCAGCGAUGCGCAAACGGAUUGCGUCGAUGAGCUGGAGGAUGCCGUGCCGGAGGCGGAUGCAACGAGAAACAAGACGCGUCGCCGCAAAUAGGAUAAACCGAAGUUGGCGCCACUGGAGCCAGCCACGGAUAUAGACACAAUGACAAUGGCGCAACGUUGGCUGCCACCACCUACCAGCGUGAUGGUGGUGGAUGGGGCAACCAGUUGCCAGACGUAUGCACCGGCCGUUUAUCAAUCGUCGGCAACUCUGCUCAGCUCACUCAUCUUUCCCCCCUACGAAUUUGUGCACUGUGACCUCGACGAUGAUCCGGAUGACUGCCAGAUCACCGGCGAAUAUCAGCAGUCCGAUGAACUCAGUUCGAGCACGGACGAUGAAAGUGUACAGCAAACUGACUUAGAAUAACUAAUUUCUUCCAACAAAACGAACAA